AUGCUAUUCCAAGUGAUGAAUCAAACCAAGAAGAGGAGCCACAAGAACAACAACCUUCAAAAAAACGAAAAUUUGCAACCACACAAAAACAAAGACAACCAAAAAAACCAACACAAACAAAAAAACCACCACCACCACAAAAACGAACACAAGAAAAAUACCCAACAAAACCAAAACCCAAAAACAAAAAAAAAGACUCAAAAGGAGUUAAGGGAUCGGAUUAACCCAACCAGACGAGGUGAGGGUAGAGAUAAUUGUACCGCUCCUGUUUGGAAAUACUUCAAGAUCGAAUGGAUAAAGGAGGACGAUGGAAUUGAAAGAAAGUGGGCCGAAUGUAAUUAUUGUUUACAUUUACUAGCUGCAGAUCCAAACCGGAAUGGUACAACUUCAAUAAACAAGCAUUUUAAUGGGUGCAAGUUAAAUCCAGACAACAUACCAAAACAUGUUGAUGACAAACAACAAAAGUUGUCAUUUACGAAAGCUCCUAAUGGUGAGGGUCAUGUAUACACAUGGAAACAUGAUGAUACUAGGAUCCAACUUGCCUUGAUAGGACUUUUCACCAUCGGGGAACUACCAUUUAAAUUCAUUGCAAACGAGGCAUUCAUAGAAUUUGUAAACGCCCUCAAUGGUAGGGUGAAAUUGCCUUCAAGGCAUAAAAUUUCUCGUGAUGUUGUGUCAUUCUAUUUAAUGGAGAGGCAGAAGUUGUACAAACCGAGCAACCCCAAAACAGCCAUCCACUUGACAACCGACACGUGGACAUCCUCGUGUCAAAAGAUAAAUUGUAUGGUUGUCACGGCUCACUUCAUUACCAAAGAUUUUGUCAUGCACAAAAGGGUAGUCAACUUUAGAGAGGUUGAUACUCACAAAGCUGAAGAGAUGGCCCGGGAGUUGCUACUUUGCAUAAACGAGUGGGGGAUGAAGCAUGUCAUGACGAUGACCGUUGAUAAUGCCAAGACAAAUGACGCGGCAAUCAACAUCAUUGUGAAAGAACUACCGGGUAUUUACGAGAAUGACAAACAUUUUCACAUUAGGUGUAUGGCUCAUAUCAUAAACCUAGUUGUGAAAAUAGGGUUAAAACACGAAGUUUAUCAUGUAAAAAACCUACAAGAUGCGGUGAAAUACAUUAGAGCCUCCCCGCAACGGAUCAAGACGUUUAAACAAGCCAUGAAGGAUGCGGCUGUAGAAAGUCAAAGGUUUUUGUGUGGUGAAAGUCCAACAAGGUGGAACUCUACCUUUGAAUUGCUAAGACCAGCGUACGAUGUGAAAGACACAUUUCUCGAAUAUAGCCAUCAAGAUCCAAUGUUUCAGAAAACUGUGGGAAGGGUACCAUCACAUUCAGAUUUUGAGAUGAUUAAAAAGAUGAUGGAGUUCCUUGAGAAGUUUAAAAAGAAAACUGAAAAAGUUUCGUGUUCAACAAAGCCUAUCUUCCAUACGUAUACCCGGGAGAUCCUAGAUAUAGACCAACAUCUUAGGAAACAUGAAACCAACCCGGAUUUUAUGUUUAUGGUACCGGAUAUGAAAGAUAAAUAUGACAAAUAUUGGGGGAUACUAUAA